AUGUCCCUUGAAAAGUUGCAAAAGGAAGUUGACGAGCUGAAGGAGCUUGUUGGCAAGCAAAGUAAGCUUAUCAGCCGUACUGGCGAGCAAGUUCUCCGAUUCCAGUUGAAGCAAACAGACAAACAACUUAGCGAGAUUGAAGUGCCUAAGAUCGGAGCGGAUGGUUCUGUUACGAAACAAGACUCAAUUGACACGUCAGAGUUCGCAACUAAUGACGACAUUGUCCAGCUUGUUGGAGAACUCCAGGGCCAGCUGAAUAUACUUGAACAGAGAUCACUAAGAAGAACAAUCAACUCUGGUCUGACCAAAGAUACUGAUUUGGUGGCUCCUGUUCUGAAUUCUGAUGGUCUCGAGGCCCCAGAGGCUCUAUACCCAACUACGCUUAAAGACUUCAAGGAGUUGACAGGCGAUGCUGUUCUUUCUUUAUGUCAUUUCUACGAACUCUUGCCGCCAACCAUGGAGGAAGAAGCAAUGUUGCGUGCAUUUAUGGAAGGUAAAAUCAAGUCGCCUAACAUUGAUCCUUCUGAGUUCAAGCCUUCUGCAGAUGACUACAGCAAGCCAGUUCUCGAUGGAUUGUACGACGAGCUUGCAAGAUUCUUGGGCAUCAGGGUCAGAAGAACCGAAAAUGCCUGGUAA